ACAAAAUAUAUGCAAAAAUGGAAUAUCAACAGAAUUCUUACAGAAAGUAUUAACUCUCUUCCUUAACUAUUUUGAAUAAUCAAAUGCAUUUUAGUACAUUUUAAAGUAUUAAAUACUGUAGUCAGUUUACUAACAGAUACAUUUUAAAUACCACAAAAGAUAUUUGAAUGCUGCAUACAAGUGAUAGUUUUAAGAGAAGGGAAUAUGUAAUAGGUAGAACUGUGGAGUCCUUGUGGUACACUGAUAAUGUUAUCUAGAUAGGUAACAAAAUGUCUGCAAGCAAGCAACCAAAUUCAGAAGCCACCAAUGACUCCACAAACAAUAAUUUAUUGUGAGCUGCUACUUUGACAUACAAAUAAAUACUGCCAGAAAUCAAAUGAAAAUCAAUGCAAAUGAUAUUUUCUUUUAAUUAUUCAAGUUCUGUAUAUUUAUUUAAAAUAUUUAUACGGCCACCCAUCUUAUGGGUGAUUCGCAGCAAAAAUAAUAAAUCAUAAAGAAGAAAUCAGUAAUGCUAACAUCAAAUCUCAUGGUACCCAGCCCCACCACACUUUUGUACAUUUGCUGGAUCCAAUCUCCCUCUAGCCCAGGCAUGUCAAACUCGCGACAUUACAUGAAGUCGCACAACAUAGCAGGACGGUUUUGCCAUUGCUGGCAAUGGGGUGGGCGCGGCUUCCAGAUGACGCAUCCGGCCCGCGGGCUGGCAGUUUGACACCCCUGCUCUAGCCUGAUGCUUUCAUAUUCAGACAAUGUGGGUCAGAUUUUGGUUCAGUAGGUUGCAUAAACCCAAGCAAUUUGUUAGCAUAUUAUGGAAGUACUAAGCUAUAUAUUAUGACUCAGUUUGAUUAAACCCUUCUUUUCCUCUUCUCUGUACAGUGUUGAAUUUAGACAAUAAUUUUAAUUUUUGUGUCUAUAUAAUAGAUAGUUUCAGAUAUUUCAUAAGUUUUAAAUGUCAAGUAUGGUCAACAGGAUUUUAAAAAGGCAGUUUUCCCCAACUUAACUUCUUAAUGAGGGGAAAAUUCCAUUGAUAGAUUGUUAAUUCUGAUAGCUUUUUUAACACCAAGCAUUCUUAUUCUACUUUAACAUCAAAACAACUUUUUUCUCCCUUUCUCUCUUGCUUCACCACACAAUGUGCAGCAAAUUUAAAAACAGAUUUCUUAGAUCUUUCUCUUUAACACAUUCCCUAGCACCACAAAAGGCUGCUGUUUCUUGUUCAUCUAUGAUUCCCAGCAUCUUCAUUAUAAGAAGCUGGAGAGGAUUCUGAGAUGCAUGCUGCUGCCAAAAAUGAGGAAAAGAAAGAAUGGGAAACCAGUUCUUCUUAUUUGUCACACUUCUUGUCACAUAGCCACAGACAUACAUUUCCUGAUCUUUCGCAGCUGACCAUUCUUUUCCUGAGAAAUCACUCUACCACAGGCCAACAAAAUGGGAAAAGGGAAAAGGCCAGAUGGAUAUCUUAAAAAUAGUUGUGGGUCACUGAGGAAUAGCUGGUGUGCUGAUCAGUUGUUUGGAGACUACCAAUGCAACAGUAUCAGCUAGCAGCAUCCAUGAGACCUGAAGAACACUAGAUGCUUCAGUUUUAGAGAGAGGAAAUGCUUCAUCUCUAUAAAAGGGGAGUGUGACCUAAUCAGUCUUAAGAACAAUAUACCAAAGAGGAAACAGUUGCAUAUGAAAUGUACCGCAACAAGGAACACAGCAGAGAACUUAAUGAAGGAGCAAAACGCCUUCUGAAUUUCGAGUCAUAUUAACCAUGGCAACAAACUUAGCCUCUCCAUCUUCUAUAACAAAUCAAACUUGUGAUUUAUAUGAACAUGAAGAUUCAGCAAGGAUUUUAUUGCCUACCUUCUACAGUGUUAUUUUCAUAAUUGGAGUACUUGGAAAUGGACUUGCUCUCACUGUGAUUGUAAAAAAUAGGAAAAAAAUGAAUUCGACCACUAUUUACUCAACAAAUCUUGUUGUGUCAGACAUUCUUUUUACAACAGCUUUACCUACAAGAAUAGCAUACUAUGCACUGGGUUUUCACUGGCCGUUUGGAGAGGUACUCUGUAAAAUUACAGCCCUAUUCUUUUAUAUCAACAUUUAUGCAGCUGUGAAUUUUAUGACAUGCUUGAGUAUCGACAGAUUUGUAGCUGUGGUUCAUCCUUUAAAAACCAAGUUCAGAACAGUUAAAAGUGCCACAUACAUUUUUUGCUUUGUAUGGUUUCUUGUACUUGUCCAAACUCUCCCAUUACUUACACUACCCCUGUCACGUAAAGAAGAAAAAAGGACCACGUGCAUGGAAUAUCCAAACUUUGAACAAAUUGAACAACUCCCUCUGAUGCUUCUAGGUGCCUGUUUACUUGGAUAUGUGGUUCCUCUUGCAAUUACAAUAAUCUGUUAUUCAAAAAUCAGUUACAAACUGUGUCAAACUGCAAAACAAAACCCACUAGCAGAAAAAUCAGGAACAAACAAAAAGGCAAUUAAUAUAAUUAUCUUCAUCAUUGUUGUAUUUGUAAUCUGUCUUACUCCCUAUCAUCUUGCCAUUAUUAUAUAUAUGAUUAAGAAGCUUGUACAAGGAAAUAUUUUAUGCAGCCAUCAAAAGAUCUUUCAAAAAUCUCUCCACUAUACUGUACUCCUGAUGAACUUAAAUUGCUGCAUGGAUCCUUUCAUCUAUUUCUUUGCUUGCAGAGGAUACAAAAGGACAAUAAUGAAAAUACUGAGGCGUCAAGGAAGCAUUUCAGAAUCAAGUGCUGCCAGAACUGUUCCUGAUGAAAGCUCCCGGGAUGUUGGCGACACACAACUAGUUCCCCUUUCAGCAUCUUUAAAUGGAAAAAGGUUAACACAAGCCCUUACAUUUUGAAUGUGCCUCCAGAAUCUUGAUUUCAAAAAUGCUGGAAAUAGCAAUAAUCAUCAUAGCAAGAAAGGCAAAGAAAGAAGAAAGAGAAAUCCAAUUGUACAUUUAAAAAAAAAUCUCCAAAUCUGAUUUUUCAAGAGUGAAGCUGAGGAUGGAUUGUGCAACAUACCAUUACCACAGAUAAUUUGAUUCAAUAAUAUUUAGGGUUUUCCAAUAUUUUUUGUAUCUUGCUCUCAUGUCGUUUCUCCCUGCAAAGAUCAUGUGUAUUGUAUAUUUCUAUUUUGGGAUCCUAGCACCCAAGUUCUCAGGAGAAAGCAACUAGUUUAAUGGGUUUAAAUAAUUGGGCUCUAAACCUCAAAUUGGCAAAAUAACAAGUAACAGAUAUGUAAAAGGGAAUAUUUAACGUUUUCUUUUUCAUAUCUGUAUAUGAAAUACAUUUAUUUAUAUAAUGACCUAUAUAAAAUCAUUUAAUUAUAAACAGUUUUGUUUCUCAGGAAGAAGUGUGUAGUUAGCUUUAGGUAAUUUACUAUAUUGUUAGAAAAUAACCCCCAAGCUUUUAAAUAACAUAUUGAACACUGGAUCCUAUGUUUGGUUUGAUUAUUCCAUGAUAAUUUUAAGAUAUAUCACCUACGUAGUUUAAAGGUCAUGUAACAAAAGCAGCUGAAAAGCAGCUCUAGGAUGGAAGGCUAAAAGUCUCAAACCUCUCACAGAAGCCCACAGAUAGGCACUCUCUCUUGCCUUGAGGCAGUGGCUUGCAAUUUCUGCAAGUGCUUCACUUUGUCUCCUUUCCCAAAUAAUAAAUAUAAGGAUUUUGCAACCUCUGCCACCUUUCUGUCUAUUAAAAGAUAAAAAUGGUUAAAAAAAGGCUAGAAGGUAAAUGGAUGAAAUAAGCUGAAUUGUACCACUUUCUAGUUUAACAAUGAAGAGGUGCAUGGCUAGAAGGUUUAGCACUUAGAUGCGGUAGCAUUUAGAUGGGGAGGGGAGAAUCAGGCCUAUCUCAUAAGAGAUAAAGAAAAUCAAACAUUACUUUAAAAAGUGUUCAAUAUUUCUACUUCAAGUAUCAACAUUUUCUUUUGGAAAAAGCAGAUACACCCACUCCUUCUUUAAUGAUCUCAGUUAGCAACUAUUCACAAACACAAAGGUAAUAAAAUUCAUUUUCUGACCAAUGCAUGCAUUUACAAACAAAUUUUGUGCUCCUGACAACACAUGCCAGAGCGAGAGUAAUACUGACUUAGCUGUGCAACACAACUUUAUCUGAAUGAAACAACAGCAAUCAGUGAUCUCUCUAUCAUGUGUUCACUUAGUGACCAUUUCAUUUAAUGAUCUGAUCACUAGAAUGGAACAUGGUCGCUAAACAAUAAGUGGGUGUACAGAUAAAAUGCUUUCAGAAGAUCACAAGGUGCUAUUAUACUGCUGCAAAUAAACUUUUAAAAAUCUAUUCAAAUACUGGAGAAAGUUUCAAAGACAUAUUUCAGAUCAGGAAAAGAUUCUAAAGAGAAGUUAUUUUCCAUACACAACCUGAGGAUAUGCAUAAAAGACUACAAAGAUAUAAAAGGAGACUUAUAUAGCAUGUGAAUGUGCCUUGAAUCAGUGUUGACUUACAGAAAUAAAAAAAUUAACCUUCA